GUUGCGUCACCGAUGUUGAAGUGUUGACAAAAAAAAUAUUCUUGGUUAGUAAUCAAAUGAGUUCGUCUAAGUCUUAUCCUAUAUUAUUAACAAAUAAGGAAUUUGACACUCUUUGCUGGUUACUUUACACAGUUUGACAACAGAGGACGACAUGGCCCUGUGGUAUUUGGUAUUUGUGUCUACAUUGGUGAAUUUGUACAAAGAUUCAGCUGGGACUGUUUGUUCUGACGCCGUUACAGAUGGUACCACCGUACUGCACAUGUGUGAAGAUGGUAAUACCGUCGGUGAUCACGUGGUUAUAGACACGUACGGAUCGUCUGCGUACAGAAAAGAUGGCGGCAGGUUCAACUGUUCCUGUACAGUGACAUUGACGGGACUACCCGACGGAACGAAAACAACUUUCCAGUUUGAAUCUGUCCGGUCGUUAUAUCCUCCCUCUGGAUGUGGAAGUCAUAUUAUUAUGACAUCGCAGCGAGUAGAUGUUUCAGAUGUUCAUCCAAACAUUAACAAAUACUUUUGUGGGGCUAUUUUCGAUACAUUCAACGGUGUUCAGACAAACGAUACAUUUACUGUUGUAUGGCUCUCUGCACCGAGUGGAAAUUCUUCAGGAUAUUGUCUCUCACUAACUGCAGGUCCGGGGUCUUCGUUGUCCACAAAAUGUGUCUCAAUUUCCAGUCCAAGGGAGACAACGACUGCCAGUCAAUCUAGGACAACAGCCACUCAGUCUAAAGAGACAGCCACGCCGUCAAGGGAGACAAUCACUCAGUCAAGAGAGAUAACCACCCAGUCAAGGAUGACAACCACUCAGUCAAGGGAUGCAACCACAUACAACAGCACUAAUUCUGGAUCGACAACAUUAGGACAAAAGUGCGCUCAACAAAACGAUUUACAGCAAUGUUAUCCAUUAAGUGCUGUAGUCGUCCCUCUAGUAGUUACCUCACUACUGGUUACUGUAACCGUGGUAGUCCAUGUUAUCCUUUAUAGAAAAAGACUUGCACUCGUGAAACAGCCAGAGUAUACUGAAGCCGUCAUGACGUCACCAAACCCUGUCCAUUAUGACAGUCUAGAUCUCUCCCGGGUGGAACCUCCCAACCUGUACGCCGACACCUCUACUGGACAGAUGUUCGUCAAUACAGCGAUGGAAUCAUAAAUACCACAUAUUCAUAUUCUGUACACCAGAAGUUCACCCCAAAUCCUUUCAUCAGACAAACGAAAUUCCAUUGUGGUCUCUGUUUUAUAUCAUGGUUUAUAUAUAUAUAGGAUCUGAAUGGUCUAAGUGAAGUUUUGUGUAUUGCUUCUGCACAAUGUUUCAUUAGACCACAAAAAAUGAGACAACUGUUUUGGUGAUAUGUCAUGUUCAUAGUAAGUAUUUGAAUCUCUUAAGUAAAUAGUGUAUUGCUUUAUGGAAUAACAUCGGACACAAUUUCUUCUAAGAAAUACGUAAAGAUAAUAAUGUUAAAUCUAAAGGUGGAAUCAAUUAUUGUAAAUGAUGCAUACACUGAUUAUGAAUAACUUUACCUAACGAACAUUUCUACAUAAGGACAGACACGACGUGUCAGAUUACGUAAAGGGAAGCGUAGUAAUACAAUGAAAAUAUUUCAACAUUGUUGAUUGGAUUGUAUGGAUAAUGCUUGUUACUCCUUACGAAAUUUUAGAAUGAACAUAAAUAUUUAAAUUGGCAAUGUGUGUUUGCUGAAAAAUAUUACAAACAAUUUGUGACUUUAUUGUAAUUUGCGUUAAAAAAUGUAUUUAGAAUAUAUAUAAACUUGUACAUAUUUGAACAUUAUUACCACUUUGGUUCUUAGUCAGCCCUAACUUCUUUCGUGUACUACAGAUUUGUUUAAGUUGGUGUUCAGCAAAACCUCGUUAUAAUGCCACCAUUAUUCCAGAGAAGUAUUGGCAUUAUAAAAGGGCUUGACAAUAGAUUGAGGGAAGUGUGAAAUAUAUUGGCAGUAAACGGGGUGGCCAAUGAAAUAAGUGGCAUUUUAUCUAGGUUUUACUGUAUACGUUGCGAAUGGUGGACAGAAAUACGAACCUGUAAUUUCCAACUGUUAAUAUUGAUACCAAGAAAUAAAGUUUGUAAUUUCUUUGGUGCAGCAAGUGUACCAUGACCAUUGUUACAAAACCAUAAAUCUGGGAAUAUGGAAGUGCUAGGGUUAACAAGUGAAAAAGAAACACACCACAGCGUCAAUACACGAAGACAAGAUAGAAACUCAAAGGCGAUCAAAUUUACCAUCGAUAUUUUUCUAGGGGGAUUCUGAUUUUUCUUUUAGUUUUGAUUUAACUGAUAUCCGAUCAAUUUCUGUUGUUGCUUCUUCCUAUCGGCCUGGAGUUACAAUUCAUUGUUCACGCUAUAAUCAAUAUUUAGUUGCAUUUGACCCAGUUCCAUGAUAACGGUUUUGAUAAAAUAGUAAAAUUGCCAGUAUGACUUACACGAAAUUCUGACCUUUUAUACGGCAGAAUAUUACAUAAAAGAUAUUUGGAAUACCAAUAUAAUGUAUGAUAUACCAUAAGUGUAGUUGAAAGAAAAAGAAUUUUCAAAGUCUCACAGCAGGUAUGUUUAUUUUUUUCACAAAAGAAUGUUAUACAAUCAAGUGGUUUUUAUGUACAAGAUACUUAAUAAUUUAGCUCCGCAAAAUUUGAAUGAUUUUACGUAUAUGUCGGAUGUUCAGAGUAGAACUACAAGAUCAUCAUCUACCAAUGUGUUUUACUUGCCAUGUCAUAAGACAAACAUUUUUGGAAAAUCUUUUAGAUAUCAGGGACCCCUUACAUGGAAUCUUUUACCGAGUGAUAUUAGAAAUUGUUCUUUUAGAAUUUAAGAGAUCUGCAAAGCAAUUUUACUCGAAAUGAUUUAUGAAUUCUUCUUAUACAUGUAUAUUUCUUAAAGCUGUAAAUAUUGUACAUUAUAUCAUAUACUGUAUCUUGACCAUAUAUAAGAUGAGCUUCAUGCUCAAUAUGUUAUCAAGAACAAAUAAAGCCUAUAUUAUAUUAUUUUAUAAUUAUUGUUUAUUCCGUGAGGCUGUAAGCUGCCAACUGCUAUAUUUGAGAUAUGUAAACCACGUGCUACGUCACAAGAGUUUUUGCUUUCAUACCCAAAUGAAAUGGAUUACUGCUGGUAAUCUUUAUAUAGUGGGUUGCAGCGCAAAUGUAAAUAUAACACUAUAUUAUUGUUUUUACGUGUAUUUGCCAAGGAACAGUGUUAUAUAAACAUACAAGAAACGCUACUUAGUUGUUUCGAAGCUAAAAAGAAAAAGUGAUAUUGUCACAAAAUACGUGAUACAUAGUACACACAUCUGGGGUAGCAAAUAAUCCGGUGGAAUUUUAUGUAUAUUCGUAAUCAAGAAUGAAAAUUGUGAAUUUUAAAAUUAAAUGGUAAUAUUUGCUAUAAAUUUAAAAAAAACACUAAUCACAAUGAGUGUAUCAUAUAGAUAGUAUAGUUGCAUCUGCAGAUGCAGAUAUAGUGCAAUACAAAUAUUAGAUGUCGUCCCCAAAGUUGAACAAUUUGAUGAGAUACAUAUUACAUAUCUUUGUAAUGUGAACUCGUGAGCUUAAUAUUACUUACUAAUAAGACAUCGUCUACUAGUAUUAUAAAUACAGUUAAGCACACAUCAAACAACUUUUCACUGAUCGUCGUUAUCAACAACGUUAUCAAUACAUUUCUAAAGGACAAAAAGUCGCUUUUUAAUUGGAUAAUGACGUUAUGACUCAAAUGUGACUCUCAUAUACACAAUGCAUAGUCUGAGUUUAGAGUUCGGGGAUGAAUAUGUUUAUUUAGGGAAACAACAGAUUGUUUUUUGUAAGAAACUAUUUUUUGUGAUUACUCAAACAGAUUAAAAAACAACAAUUAUUUUCAUUUACAGACUCAAUGCCAACAUUGAUUCCAGGUUUUUCCCCCGGUUAUUUUUAUAUGACAUUUUUUACUUUCGCUCUCUGCACCCCUUGAAUAUGUUUCGUCCACAAGGUGGCGCACAUUGACCCUUAGAUUGUGUCAGGACAUAUUCCAGGGGUGAGCGUAACCCAUGGAGUAUCGAGGAUUGCCAUACAUGAAACGAAUCUGCUUUAUUAAAACUAAUUUAAUCUUAAACUCCAACCGUAAUUCAGAUUGUGCACAAAAAUCAAGUAGUUUAGUCUGCAUUUUGUGAAAAUGAAUAUCAAGAAAAUGAUACGAGGACUGAUAUCGGUGUCCGGUUGAAACUCGGUGUGAUAUGGUA